AUGACUGGCGAAAUUGUAACACUACAAGUAGGUCAAUGUGGUAACCAAUUGGGCAAACAAUUUUGGUCCCAAUUAAUCAAAGAGCAUGGCAUGAAUAAAGAUGGAACUAGUGCAUUAAACAAUGAUGACAAGAAUUUCAUUAGGAUUGAUGAACCAAACAUUUUUUUUAGACAAAUUGAAUCUAAUAGAUAUACUCCUAGAUCUAUAUUAUUGGAUAUGGAACCUAGUUCAGUAAAUGAUGUACGAAACACUUUACCAGGGUUAUUUGAUGAUAAAAAUGUCUGGUUAUCCAAGGACAGUAUGGGGGCAGGAAAUGUUUGGGCAAAUGGUUACGAUCAUGGCCUAAAUUAUCAAGAUGAUAUAAUAAAUAUUAUAGAUAAAGAACUUGAUUCAGCAGAUAACUUUGAAGGUUUUCAACUACUCCAUUCUGUAGCUGGUGGUACUGGUUCAGGGUUAGGUUCAGAGCUACUUGAGACUUUAAGCGAUAGGUAUCAUAAGAAAUUAAUCACCACUUAUUCAGUUUUCCCCAGCACCGAGUCGGAUGUUGUUGUUCAGCCUUACAAUACAGUUUUAACUUUAAGAAGAUUAGUGGAAAAUAGUGAUGCAGCGAUAGUGUUUGACAAUAAUGCUUUGAUAGAGUUGUCCACGAGAAUUUUCCGCAAUCCAAACACAAGUUUUAGCGAAGCGAACCAACUAAUUUCAACUGUCAUGUCCUCGCUUACGAACAGUAUACGAUUCCCAGGUUAUAUGUAUAAUUCGAUGAGCAAUAUAUUCACUACCAUGGUUCCUUCUCCAAACUUACAUUUUUUGGUUCCGAGUUACACACCUUUCACAACAGAUUUUAUACCUGAAGCCAAAAAUUUUAAAAGAAAAACAGCAUAUGAUGUUAUUUUGGAUUUAUUUGAUCAAAAUAACAGUAUGUGCUGUAGAUCUAACGUUGAAUUAGCAACCCCAUCAUAUAUAGCCAUAUGGGAUUGUUUGCAAGGCACGAUUGAUCAAACUGAUUGUAUGAGAGCCAUACUUAAAGCUCAGAAAAGAAUAAAGUUUGUUCCAUGGUCUACGCCAGCAAUUAAUCUUAAUAUCGGCAAGAAAUCGCCCUACAACACUACGCCCAAUUCAAGCCAUGCGUCUGGUUUAAUGAUAGCUAAUAGCACUUCUAUUAAGACUGUUUUGGAAAAUUCGUGCAGGAAUUUUGACGUUCUAUUUAGAAGAAAUGCAUUCAUUACAAAAUUUGAAAACGGUAGGUUAUUUCAAAAUAGCUUUGAAGAGUUUAGAGCGUCAAGGGAAGUUGUUCAAAAUGUGAUUGAAGAAUAUGUUUCAGUAGAGCACGAAACAUACAUUGAUGACAUUUUAUUAGAAGAUGAGGAAAUGAUCAUGGUUGGCGAUCAUGAAAUACCAAAUGAAACAUGA